CAUUUGUAUGUUUAUGUGUUCACAUAUAUACAUAUGUAUGUAUGCAUCAUGGAAUAGUUUUCUGCUACACUUUCUGCUAGCUUUCCGCUUCUGCAGGAAAAAUUACACUCUCUCCUUUGACUCCCUUCCCCUGCUCACUGUAUGCUUUUUAAAUAUUUUCGAAAAUUCUCUUGACACAAGUUUAACAUUUGGAUUUUUUCGCUUCAAUAAAACAAUAUUUCUCCUUCUUGUUUGAUUGCAGUUUCAACGGCGCGAAUCAGCAAACGAAAUUUUGAGACACGUAUUGGGAAAUCGGUCGUUGUAGCUGUUAGUUUGUCGGAACCACCAACGCAUCGCACCGAUUUCUCAUUGUCAUUUCGAGCAAAAGCAGCAUACCGAGCUAGAGCAGUGCCACAACGUAAACAGAGUGCAUACAGGGAAAGAAAAACCGACACACCAAACCGACCCUUAACGUACGACAAUAUUGCGGCGUACAGUAGCAGCGGUAGCAACAGCAACAGCAAGUGGGGUAGCAGAGCGGACGAAGAAGAAGACCUGCAAAAAUAAAACGCCAACAAGAUGUCAUCACCCAGCGCUGGUAAGCGUCGUAUGGACAAUGACGUCAUCAAACUAAUUGAAUCCAAACAUGAAGUAACCAUACUGGGUGGCCUCAAUGAAUUCCAUGUGAAAUUCUUCGGCCCACACGGGACACCCUACGAGGGUGGCGUAUGGAAGGUGCGUGUCUACCUGCCCGACAAUUACCCCUUCAAAUCGCCCAGCAUAGGGUUUGUGAAUAAAAUUUAUCAUCCGAACAUCGACGAAUCAUCCGGCACCGUGUGCCUGGAUGUGAUCAAUCAAGCAUGGACAGCGCUAUAUGAUCUCUCAAAUAUAUUCGAAUCAUUUCUACCACAAUUGCUGACAUAUCCGAAUCCGGUUGAUCCGUUAAAUCGCGAUGCAGCGGCGCUGUACUUGCACGAACCGGAGGAAUAUCAUCGCAAAGUGGCCGACUAUGUGCAGCGAUAUGCCACCGAGGAGGCGUUGCGUGCGGCGCAACAGGAGCGCGAGAGUAGCGACAGUGAAUCGAGCAUGUCGGAUUAUAGUGAAGAUGAGGCCAGAGAUAUGGAAUUAUAAUAUCGGUUUAUGGUUAAGCUAAUUAUAUGAAUUUGAAUUACAUUUAAAGCAAAAACAAAACAAAACAAAAUAAAAACAAAAACAAAAACAA